UGCGCCGCCCCGUCCUCCGCCGCAGAGAGACUCUCCAUCAGCCGCUCAACUGGCGUCAAACUCGGCUCGGCAGACGGCACCUUUAUCGGCAGCUCAGCCAUCAGAUAUGGACGCGGCGGCUCGGUCCUGCUCCUCGUCCGCCUCCGGGAAUGAGUGCAGGUACAGGUACGAUGAGUACAAGGAGACAGCUGAUUGGCUGCUGAGCCACACAGAGCAGCGUCCUAAGGUGGCCAUCAUCUGUGGUUCAGGUCUGGGCGGUUUGGCUGAGCUGCUGGAUGACAAGAAGGUGUUCCCUUACAAAGACAUUCCACAUUUCCCCACCAGCACUGUUCAGGGCCAUGCAGGUCAGCUGGUGUUUGGGAAGCUGCAGGGCCGCGAGUGCAUCUGCAUGCAGGGACGAUUCCACUUCUACGAGGGCUACAACAUCCACACGGUGACGUACCCGGUGCGAGUCUUCUUCCUGCUGGGCGUGAAAACUCUGAUUGUGACAAACGCAGCAGGGGGCCUCAACGGUUCCUACAAUGUGGGCGACAUCAUGCUCAUUAAGGAUCACAUCAACAUGCCGGGCUUUGCAGGGCAGAACCCUCUGUGUGGCCACAAUGAUGAGAGGUUCGGAGUGCGAUUCCCCUGCAUGUCGGACGCUUAUGACCGAGAUCUGAGGGCCCUGGCCAAGGAGACGGCCGAGGAGCAGGGCUGCAGCAGCUUCCUGCAGGAAGGAGUUUACUGCAUGCUGGCUGGACCCACAUAUGAGACCAUCGCAGAGUGCAGAGUCCUGCAGAAGCUCGGAGCUGAUGCUGUGGGUAUGAGCACCGUCCCGGAGGUGGUGGUGGCUCGUCAUUGUGGAUUGCGAGUCUUGGGCCUGUCGCUCAUCACCAACAAGGUCGUGACGGACUACGACAGCAAUGAGAAAGCGAACCAUGAAGAGGUGCUGAAGACCACUGUGCUCCGAACUCAGGACCUCCAGCGGCUGGUCAGCCACCUCAUCACCAAGAUCUAGUAACUUCAGCUAGGAUCUGUUUGCACACAAAAAAGAUUUCCAGCCUCGCAGAUAAAUCACUGCUGAUGGGAUAAUCAUAACUUUGAAUAAAAGGUAUAAAGUACGUGGUGAGUUGUUCAGAUUGGGUGGAUAGGUUAUAACUUAUUAGCGGUUAAUGUGGAGACUCUUAGAAGAGCUGGAAAUGUCCACAGUAUUUGAUGAAUAUUGAACAAGUUAUGUGGCUACUUUGGGUUCCAGUCAGUGCUAUCACAAAAAGACCUUUGCAAAGCAGGUAAUGUUAGCCAGACUCCAGUUGACUGGACAGCUAGCAGAAUUAGUUUUGAAUUGAAAGCGCCACAACAAGCUAGUUAGCAACUAGUCUGACAAUGAUUGUUUUUAUGUGUUUAGAUUUUGGCAGUUUUUGACUUCUAGUCCAGUCCCUUGGGUUCUGUAAUGCUUAUUAUCAGGGGAUGACCAGACAACCUUGAUACACCCGAAGAGGAACUUAACACCAGACUAAAGAUUGGUUUAUACUCCUGCAUUGAAUCUACACUGUAGCUAUACCAUAACCUGCACCAUAACAUGAUAUACAACUCCCCAAAUGGUGCCAGCUCUUACUCGUUUGCUCAGGUAAGUAGUAAUAUGCUGUGUUUACUAAAGUCCAACUGAUGUAAUGAUAUUAUCAGCCGAUAAUAAUCUACCAUUGAUUUAUCGCUUUAGUGUACUUGUCUGAUAUACGCUGAUAUGAAAGCUUUCUUUGACAGAACAUAAUACAGAAAAAAAAGAUUCUUAGGGUAAGUUAGAAACGGUGUAAUAACAUAGUUUGUCCAGCAGAGCGGCUCCAACUCAGCUGUUGUAUUACUCUCAGAACUAUCGGCAGCACAUGUUGCAGAGCACAUUACACCGCUGAACAGAUGGUGGUGCGGAGUCAAGCUUUGUUUUCAUGUCGCUAACUAGCUUCUGAAAUUCACUGUUAUAAACAAUGUCCCUAUCAUUAUAUGUUUCAAUUUGACCAACAUAAAUAUGAACAAUUCGGCCAAUAUAUCAUUGUCAAAUUUUCUUACUCCUUACAUGACUUAUUGCAAACAUAAUGCUUCUGUUAAACAAAAUAUAGUAUAUGAAAGCCUGAACUUGUUUCUACAAUUGCAAAAAGCAGUAAUCUGCCAAUGUAGUCAUGUGCUUUUUUGAUUGACCCAAUUGGUUUCCAAUGUCUUCCCUUUUAGCAUAGCUGUUGUUCAACAUUUAUUAACCUCAACUCCACCAUGAUCCAUUCUGUUUUAGUUGUCAUUCAGUGAAACACAUAUAGUAACUCAACACAUUGAAAUAGAAACUACCACAAACCGACGUAGCAACAAAGACACACUAGCGUACAUGGACGAAUGUUCACAACAUUAUCGGUCACACAGGCUACAGCUUAGCUCUGAGUAGAUUUAACCCAGGAGUAUAAAUCAAUCUUUAGAUGGACAUUUUAUCCAGUUUUCACUGUUGACUGCAGCCAUGUCCAGUAGUGACUGCCACACCCUGCAGUACAUCUUUUUAACUCUGCAGCAAGGUUAUGUUUAGCAACAAAAACAUGAUUCUAUUCAACGAUAGGUGGUGCACAUGAGUGAGAUCUGGAACCAGGGAAUGGAGGAAGCAGAGACUGUUUGUCUCGUAAUGACAGUUAAUGAGCAUUUCUAAAGUCUGUGUUUGACAUACCGACUUCUGUUGAGUGUUUGCUUAGCUCUAAAUCAAGAAUCAUGAGCACUAAGAUCAUGACAUACAAUCACAGUAUACCAUUACAUUAUUUAAAACUACAAUUAGACUCUUCUAUCGCAGAUCAAUAAUUGUAACAGGACUACGGUGGUGGGUAUUGUAUAACUGUCGGUGUGUAUUUCUAUCCUGACAGUAUUGCUGCGGGGUGCUUGGGGUUUUCCCUGCGUUGCCUGCUAUAAUCAGAGGCAGCAAAACAAAAAUAUGGGACUUUCCUGAAGACUGAACCUACAUUUUUUUGUCUAAACUCUACUAUGAAAGUAAAAGUUGAAGAUUUUACUUUAUAACUGAUAUCAAUGUUGACUGCUAACACAUUUACUGAGGUUUUUGUUGAUAAAGAUCUGCGUAGUGUUUUCUUACCUCAUUUUUAGAUUAUUGUUCAUCAUUCAGAUUUACUUGGCAGCCUGUACAAUCAUCCUCUGUUGGUCAUACUUUCAUGUCUUACAUGCGAUGUCUUAAUUUCCUUUAGCAGAAGCAAUGUACUGUAUACAAGCACCACCUUUGACUGCAUCCAUUUGAGAUGUAUUCAGGUGCUGCUGUGCACUUAUGGGCUCGACUUAACAUGUCAGUGCAGCCCAUUAACACCACACUCACAUCCACAUGAUAAUAGCUGCUAUUUAGGGAGAAUAUAAAGCGAUCUUGGGAACCGACUGGCUCCUACCUUGUUCUUUUGUGAUUGUUAUUAGCAAUGAAAAAUAAAUACCUAUUUUAGCUAAAAACCAAAGUUAGUAUAUGUGCAUUUUACUGUGAUCAAGAGUUGUUUAUUUAAAAAUAAAUUAUUAUUUAGAGCACCUAUCUAAUAUAUUUAUUAUGAAAAAGUAAGAAAGUGGAACCAGCUUGUCAGAUUUUAGUUUGAAAAGGCAAGUUUGAGCUGAAUCAGUUAAUGGAAAGCUCUUAGUUUCAGUGAUCUUGUAGAUCAGCAGGUUUAUAUUUAGAAAUCUAAUGAAUCGCAAUGAAAGCACAAUAUAAUCUGAAAGAAACGCCAGAAGUCCAAGACUAAUCUGGUCAAGCGGCAGUGAUGUAUGAAGGGUUUAUUUCCUGCGUUUGGUUCAGUUUUAUUUGCGCACUAAAGAGACCACAACACUGUAAUAUCAGGGAGGGCUGUAAUACCUGGACCUGCAGCUUUCAAUCUUCUCUGCUCUGAUCUCGAGCCUCUUGCCAACUUCUCUUGACCGCUUCAUUCAUUAGAGCUGGAAAAGGUCGGAGAAUAGCUAAGAUCAGCAGUCCACCUCUUAGACCAUUUGUAUCAGGCUGAACAUCAAGAGUCUUAAAGGGGAAUUCUAAUCAGAAUGAAGCCCUCCAUCGUGAAAAUGUAAGAUCUACGGCUUGUCUGUUUCUGAAUCAUAAAAUCUCCAUAAAGCCUGACUGUAUGUACCAUGUUUUGGGCUUUUUGUUUCAGUCUUCUGUUUUCUAGUCUUCCUCAUGUGUAUUAGACUGAUGAACGUCUAUAUACUGUACGCUGUCUUUAAUCAUAUUUAGUGUAUUCAGGUCUCAGGUUAGAAUCUAAUUCACUUACAUAAUAAAGCAAUUAAUUUUCAUGCCAAAUGUUGCUGCUGUCAAAUAAAAACCUGCAGAUGA